UGGAUAGUCUGUACACUAGUGGAAGGAAUCUCCAGAGAGUGCCAUAUUUAGAAAUGUACUUUGAAGUGUGGAUUAAGAAAGAACCUUCUUCUGCAAAACUACUCAACCUUUUCCAUUGCAUCUAUGAGCUCCAAGAGAAUAGUCUUACUGGACACUUAUCCAGUAUGUUCACAUCAGUGAAUUUGUUUAACACUUCGCUAAAUGCUCUGGAUAUCAGAGCUAUGCACUAUAGCUUGGAGAAGUCAAAGUUAGAAGAACUCAACCUAACAAUGUGUGAUCUUAGGAAUGAACAUUUAAACCAAUUGCAGACCGUCAUAAGGAAUUCUACAUAUGUAAAUUUAAGCUCGAACAUGUUGACAAAGGAAUCAGGGCUAAUACUGAGAAGUAUUCUUGAACAUUCAGGCUGUGAGAUAAAGGAACUUUUCCUGGCAGUCAAUAAACUGGGACCAUCAGGUGUUAAUAACCUCUGGCAAGCGCUUGAAACAAACACGUCAGUGGAGAUAUUAAAUGUAUGUGACAAUGAAUUACAAGAUAAAGGAACAGAAAACAUGGUGUCCAGUUUAUGUGCAAACAAAACACUGAAAAAACUCAUACUGUGCAUGAACAACUUUAAUGGUAUUGGAAUGAAAAACAUUAAGGAAUUAAUGCAGAAGAGAAGAGAUCUUAAGGUUGUGAUUAAAAUAACUGAAGAUGACGAAUUCUUUAAGUAUGUGAAAGGCCAAGUUGACAGUUUAAAAUCUGAUGGCUGGAAAAAAUAUCAAAAGUAUUGGGUUCAUCACCUUCUCAAAAUUGUGCAGCAAGAUCUCCGUCAUGUGGAUCACAGUAAAGAUGUGACUUUAUUAAAACGCUCAAUCAGAGAUAUUAUUCAGUCAAUGAAACAUGCAGAACAGAAGCAAGUCUGUAUGUCAUAGACAUUUUGGGGAUUUGAUAACACAAUGAAUUAUCUAUUUAACUACUUACCUAAUAUGGGUGUGAAGUAGAGUAUAUUCCUAAUGUGUUCCCUCUGAGCGUCAAGGUUCCAAUAACAUGUUUUGAUUUAUGUAUUGGAUAAUGAAGUCUGCAUAAGGAAAAUCCUGAAUGAUAUUUCCAUGCACACUGAAGGGCAG